AAAUACAAGGCCUAAAAUUGAUUUGUGAACAAACUUUGAGACCAUAAUUGGUGUUCAAAAACAAUGAGUUUUCGGCGAAUUUAUGUGGAAAUAGUGAUGACAUUAAUGUUUGUCAAAGAGUUUACGCAAAAUCUCUUAAGGUUUGUAUAUAUGGGUCGCAAUCGGUAUAAGAAGACCAAUAGACUGGACGGCAAAGUUGUGGUCAUUACGGGCGCCAACACUGGGAUCGGCAAAGAGACCGCCUAUCAGUUGUCGCUCAGAGGAGCAAAGAUAAUCAUGUGUUGCCGGGAUGUGGACAGAGGUUUGGCCGCCGCCGCAGACAUCAUAGUGAAGAACUCGCGAGCGGUUCUCACUGUAAUGGAGCUGAACCUGUCGUCCCUGUCAUCGGUCCGACGACUGGCCAAACAAUUGACACAAAAAGAGCCCACAAUUGAUAUAUUGAUUAACAACGCGGGUGUUAUGAUGUGUCCGCCGAUGACCACCGAUGACGGCUUUGAGAUGCAGUUCGGGACCAAUCAUUUGGGUCAUUUUCUGUUAACGCUAUUACUAUUGGAUAAUAUGAAGACCUCUGCGGACGCGCGCGUAAUCACCGUCUCAUCAAUGCAUGCAAUGAGAGGUCAGAUCUAUUUCUCGGACAUCAAUCUGAAGGACAAUUACUCGCCUCUGGAGGCCUACUGUCAGAGCAAACUCGCAAACAUACACUUCACUCGACAACUGGCCAAACGGGUGGCCAAACAGUGGCCGCACAUAACGGCACACGCCGUACACCCGGGAACCAUCAGAAGUGAUCUGUUCCGUCAUCUGACAGGACUAACUGCUCUCAUCUAUAAGACAAUCGGCUUUAUAUUUAACAUAGACUGCGAUCUCGGCGUUCAAACCACUCUUCACUGCGCUUUGGAUCCGGAGGUCAGACACGAGACCGGCUUUUACUACAGCAAUUGCAAGAAAGUUGAGUGUCUUUUAAGGGAAGCAUCGGAUGACUGGAUUGGACGCAAGUUAUGGCUAUUAAGCGAACAAAUGGUUAGUAUUGAAGAUAAAUACAUGAUUUGAGCCAAAGAUUGAGUGAUUAGAUGUCCACAAAUGCAACGCUUGAUUGAAUGCAAACAACAAUUAAA